AUGCAGAUGACGCUACGAGAAGCCUGCGUCAAACAGCCAAUCAGAAUAGUUGUGUGUGUCACGUAAUUUACUAGAAUCUCCGCAUCAAUUUCCCCAGAAGCGAGUCGAGUGAAAUGGAUCAGAUGACAAGACGACAGACAUUCACUUUAUACGGAAACUGUUGGGAUGGAAUUUCGCCGGAACUUCAUCAAUAAAGUGCUAAGAAAGAAGAAACAACCAAUCAUGGCAUCAGAUAUAUUACAGGGUCUCGAGAUACAUUUUUACCUACCAGACAAACAUCAGAUCAUUCACCUUGAAAAAAGUUUCACAGCAGAGGAACUGUGUGUUGAAGCUGCCAAAAAACUGGGUAUAUCUCCACUGUGUAGCAGUUUGUUUGCUCUCUAUAAUGAAUAUACCAAGAUCUGGUAUCCACCCAAUUACUCCUUUAACAUUGACAAUUCAACAAGACUAAAGCUGUUCUAUCGCAUGAGGUUUUACUUCACAAACUGGCACGGGAACAGUAAGACUUCUCCUCCAGUAUUCAGACAUACCCUCAAAAAUGCAGCAGGAUCCACAGGCACAGCUGUUCUGGAUGAAGCUUCGCUCAAGUACCUCUACGCACAGGGUCAGCAUGACUUUCAGAGUGGUCUGGCACCGCUGCGGGAGGCUCAGGAUGAGAACGAUGCCCAGCAGAUAGAGAAUGAGUGUUUGGGUAUGGCUGUAAUGGCCAUUUCACAUAAUGGUAUUGAAAGAAAUCUCUCCAUCUGUGAACUACCCAAAGAUUUUGAGUACAAGAACUACAUUCCCAGGACUCUGUACCAGUCCAUACGCGAGAGGAACAUUUUCACACGCUUGCGCAUCAACAACGUCUUCAAAGUAUUCCUGAAGAAAUUUAACAUAAACACAGUUAAAGGCAGCAAUAUCUGUCCGUAUGACUUGGAGAUCAAAUAUAUAUCCACUCUAGAGACUUUAACAAAGCACUUUGGUCAGGAGGUGUUUCAGCCCUCCUCACUGGUCAUAUAUGAGAAUGAGGAAAUGCUCACAGAUUCCAGCUGUGAGGCCGGUGUUCACAGUGAGAUCCUGGUGUCUGGAACAACAGGCAUUCAUUGGCGCAAAAUCUUCACUGAGGUGUUUUCAGAUCAGUGGAAGUAUAAAUCAAAAAAAGGUCAAAAAGACACCAAUAAACUGAGUAAAGAACCAUCCAGUGAUGCAGAAGUGGACAGAUGGACACUUUUCUCAGACUUUCAUGAGAUAACACACAUUGUCAUCAAAUCCUCUGUGGUCACAGUUUACAGACAGGAUGACAGAAAGAUGGAACUACACUUAGCUUCCCACGAGGAGGCUUUGUCUUUUGCCAGUCUUGUAGAUGGAUACUUCAGGCUGAGAGUAGAUGCACAUCAUUUUCUGUGCAGGGACGUGGCACCAGUCUCAUUGGAAAUGAAUGUUCAAGAGGGCUGCCAUGGACCAAUAAAUUCUGAAUAUACAAUCCACAAGCUUAAACAGGAAGGUUAUGAAGAGGGAAUGUACCUGCUACGCUGGAGUGGUCAAGACUAUGAUCAUAUUCUCAUGACGGUCAUAUGCAAAGAGGAUUGCCAUGGCGGCAUUACCAAAGCCUUCAAGAACUUUCAGAUUGAAGUGAGCGCAAGGGGCUUCCACUUGACCGGGACAAAUGUAGAGAAGCCCACUUUGAGAGAGCUGACGGACCACCUGUCAGGACAGUGUCUCACAACAGAACACACCAGCCUGAAACUUACACGCGGAUGCCCACCCCAACCGAGAGAGCUGUCAAAUCUCAUCAUGACAACCAGUCAGGUCUCCGUAUCACCACCUUCUUUCUUCAACAAUCUCGUCUUCCAUAGGAUUCUCAAAGAGGACAUCGUUCAGGAGACACACCUGGGCCAGGGCACUCGUACUAACAUCUAUGCUGGAAAACUAAAGUUAAAGAAUGAUGAUGAAGGGUUUUCAGAUUACGAGGAAGUCGAUGUGGUUCUAAAGGUGCUGGGGGCAGGACACAAGGACAUUUCUGCAUUUCUGGACACAGUGAGCGCAAUGCGACAGAUAUCCCACAAACACAUGGUUCUAAUGUAUGGAAUAUGCAUGAACAGCAUGGACAUUAUAAUGGUGGAAGAGUUCAUUCAGCACGGCCCUUUGGAUCUGUUUAUGAGAAAUCAUCGCUCGGACCUCACACCCUACUGGAAAUUUCAAGUUGCAGAGCAACUUGCCAGUGUCUUAAGUUAUUUGGAGGACAAAAAGCUCACACAUGGCUAUGUCUGCGCCAAAAAUGUUCUGUUGAAGCGGGAUGGUCUGGAAGAACAGGGAGGUCCCUACAUUAAACUAAGUGAUCCUGGAGUGCCAAUCACUGUGCUCAACAGAGCAGAGUGUAUUGACAGGAUCCCCUGGAUUGCCCCGGAGUGUGUUAACAACACCAAAUCACUGAGCAUUGCAGCAGACAAAUGGGGCUUUGGAACCACACUAUGGGAGAUCUGCUACAAUGGAGAGCUGCCACUGCGUGACAAGAAACUAUCAGAGAAAGAGAGAUUUUACGAGGUACGGGGCAUACUGGUCACUCCUAGCAUCAGUGAACUGGCAGAUUUAAUCUCUCAGUGUAUGAACUAUGACCCCAUGAAGAGACCGUUCUUCAGAGCCAUAGUGAGAGAGCUUGACCGCAUUAAAGAACAGCGCGAGCAGGAGCCUACAGAACCUAUUAUAUCUGGAGUAAUUCCUCCACAGGAGACUGAUCCUGCAGAUUUCAAGAGAAGAUUCCUCAAGAAAAUCCGAAAACUUGGAGAGGGUAACUUUGGAAUGGUGGAGCUGUGUCUGUAUGAUCCUAAUGGAGAUCAGACGGGUGAGCUGGUGGCAGUCAAAUCCCUGAAAUCAGAGAAUGAGAACAGCAAUCUGAGGCGAGAGAUCAACACCAUCAGAAACCUGUUCCAUCCAAACAUUGUCAAAUACAAAGGCAUCUGCAGCGAAGAGGGAGGAAUGAACAUCAAGCUCAUUAUGGAGUAUUUGCCUGCUGGUAGUCUGAAAGAUUACCUACCCCGCAACAAAGCCAGCAUCAACCAGAAGAGACUGCUGCUUUAUGCUCUUCAAAUAUGUCAGGGGAUGGACUACCUGGGAUCUCAGAACUACAUCCACAGGGACCUGGCAGCAAGAAACGUGCUAGUAGAGAAUGAGUCUCAGGUGAAGAUCGGAGACUUCGGUCUGACUAAGAGCAUCAAAGAUGAUAAGGACUAUUACACUGUGACUGAGGAACAGGACAGCCCUGUUUACUGGUACGCUCCUGAAUGUCUGAUUAAUCGAAAGUUCUAUAAGGCGUCUGAUGUCUGGUCAUUUGGGGUGGCGUUAUAUGAGCUUAUGACCUAUUGUGACCGCGAGAGCAGCCCUCCUCAGAUAUUUACGCAGAUGAUUGGCCGCUCUCAUGGGCAGAUGACCAUGGCCAGAAUAGUGAAAGCUCUUGAGGAAGGACGCAGGAUGCCGUGUCCACCGUCCUGCCCUGAUAUGGUGUACACUCAGAUGCGCAGGUGCUGGAGUUAUGCCCCAGAAGAGAGAGUGGACUUCAAGGGUUUGAUUAAAGAGUUUGAGUUUCUCCUCUCGAGAGAAAACAUCUAGCCUUGUAGAUCACUAUCCAAAAAUAGAUUUAGUCAUCCUUUACAUAUAAAUGUUAUGAUAUCGCAGAUUUGUGGAAUAUAACAUUUGUCAUUAUAUAAUUUAUGCAUGUUAAUUAUAUACAGUUCAAUAUGUACCAUGUUUGACAGCUCUGAAGUUCAACAAUGCAACUAUAGACUAUUGGUCAAAACUUUAGGAUCAGAUGCGAACUCCUUCAAUAUAGCAUCAUACACCCGUUACACACACAGAUUAUGGAAAAUGCGUCCAGGAUUUGUUCGGGAAUCAUUUGGUUUUGGUUAGUUCUCACUGCCAAUGAUUUUCCCAGAAUCAGUGCAUGCAUUCACACCCAUCCCGUAAAGACAUGUUUUUGUUCACAGGCUAUGUUUACAUGCACAAAAUUUUGCCAAUCCGACUGAAUUUAAUGUGAUUGAAGGUUACAUACACCCUAAACAUUGCAAUCUGAUUAAAAUGUUCGUUUACAUGUACAAGCGCCAGCUUCGCGUAUCAAAACCAUCCCAAUGGACAUUCAAAACUAUCCUAAAAGCAUCCAAAUGACUACUCACAGUCCAAAUAACAAUAACUUAAUGAACGAAAUCCUUUCAUCUUUAACCCACAUGAAAAAAAACAACCCACGGAGACAGUUUAAACAGUAGCCCAAAUCUGAACUUGGAAAAAAGCUGAGGCCUUUGCAAGGCCACCCAGCGCACAGCAUCUUUCGUCGAGUUCACCCUUUAUCUCUUUAUCAGGUAAUGAAAACACAAUUUUCAAAAGGCACGACGCUAUUUUAUUGCUUUAUGUAGCCUAAUGUAAUGAAAGUCACAUGAACGCUGAAUAAUGUACAGGGCGUGACCCCACUACCUUAGUAAUGCGUGUUACUACUGCAUGUUUUUUUGAUGAGAAUUAUGUGAUACAUAAAUAUGAGGUAAAUAUAAGACGUAACCUUGAUCACAAAUGUUCUGCGCAUGUGCGCAAUGUAUUUAUGCAUCUGAGUAAAAAAAGACUACGAUUCACGCGUUUACGUGCGUACUUUUUCCUAAUGAUCGGAUCACAGAUUGGUGUACACCACUAAUUUCAAUACGAUCCAAAUUUGAUUGAUCAAUCUCAAUUGUAUUAAGGUGUUUGCAUGAAGGCUUUUUAAAACGAUUGAGUCAUCAAUACGAUUACAAACAGAUUAUUUGGUUGCAUGUAAAUGUACCUGCUGAAGUCUCUCUUUCGGCCAAUUUUACAGAAAUUGUUACGGAUCAAAAUGCUGUGUGAAUGGGUUUAUAGGGUGAUGCGUCAAAAAGCUGGUUCAGAAAAUGCCAAAAGUACUUUUUUGCAAAUCACAGACAGAAUUCCCAUAACUCAAAUUAUGUUAUUACAUAAUUUUGAUGACUUUACAAUUUUUCUACCAUGUGGAUAAAAUAUUAAUACAGAAGAAACAAGUGACCCUAAAAAUUUGACCAGUAGUAUUUUUAUAACAUGGCAUGGCCUGUGGUCCAUUAUUGCUUUUAUAAACUAUUGAUGACCUGUAAAUUCAUAAAUAUUUAAGUUUAGUAGAUGGUUAGUAGUCAUUGUAUUUUAACCGCUGAAACGGUAGAUCAACAGCAUCCAGGACUGUCUAGUUAAAGCCAUGUUUUAUAAUGAAAGACUAUUGCUUUAUAUAUUGAAUGCUAUUUUCUUUUCAAACCAUUUAUAAUAUUUCAUCUACCUCUUCUCACGAAAACAAACUGUAUUCAAUUUAGGUUUACUCCACAUUUAACCCUCACUAAAAACAGUAUCAUGUAUCAAGAUGAAUUAUGUAAGUGUAACUCACAGAAGAUUCUCAAAGCAUGCAUAUCUGGUACGCUUUACUGGAGUGUUUCAAUAACAUGCUUGAGCUUCUUCUGCUUUCUCAUGAGAGUAAUGUUUUCUGCAAAAGUCGAAUUCUUUGAGAAAUAAAGUAUUUUUAUAUGGUA